ACCGAGGUUCGGACGGAGAGGGGGAGCCGGAGCUGGAGGAGGAGCCGCCGCCGCCGCCGCCGCCAGCUUCCUGCUUGACAUAACUCACUUCAAGAAGUGCACCAUGUCAGAACGUGGAAUUAAGUGGGCUUGUGAAUAUUGUACGUAUGAGAACUGGCCAUCUGCAAUCAAGUGCACGAUGUGUCGUGCCCAGAGACCCAGUGGAACCAUCAUCACAGAAGAUCCAUUCAAAAGCGGUUCCAGUGAUGUUGGUCGAGAUUGGGAUCCUUCCAGCACCGAAGGAGGAAGUAGUCCUUUGAUCUGCCCAGACUCUAGUGCAAGACCCAGGGUUAAGUCUUCGUACAGCGUGGAGAAUGCGAAUAAGUGGUCCUGCCACAUGUGCACGUACUUGAACUGGCCGAGAGCCAUCAGAUGCACCCAGUGCUUGUCCCAGCGCAGGACCAGGAGCCCCACGGAGUCUCCUCAGUCCUCAGGGUCUGGCUCAAGACCAGUUGCUUUUUCUGUUGAUCCUUGCGAGGAGUACAAUGACAGAAAUAAACCGAACACAAGGACCCAGCAUUGGACUUGUUCUAUUUGCACCUAUGAAAACUGGGCCAAGGCUAAGAAAUGUGUUGUUUGCGAUCAUCCCAGACCUAAUAAUAUUGAAGCAAUAGCGUUGGCAGAGACUGAGGAGGCUUCUUCAAUAAUAAACGAGCAAGACAGGGCUCGGUGGAGGGGAAGCUGCAGCAGCAGUCACAGCCAGAGGAGAUCGCCUCCCACCACGAAGCGAGACUCUGACGUGAAGAUGGAUUUUCAGAGGAUUGAAUUGGCUGGUGCUGUUGGCAGCAAGGAGGAGCUUGAAGUGGACUUUAAAAAACUAAAGCAAAUUAAAAACAGGAUGAAAAAGACCGAUUGGCUGUUCCUCAAUGCUUGUGUGGGGGUGGUAGAGGGCGAUCUAGCUGCUAUCGAAGCCUACAAGUCAUCGGGAGGGGACAUCGCCCGGCAGCUCUCCGCGGAUGAGGUGCGCCUGCUCAACCGCCCUUCUGCCUUUGACGUUGGCUACACGCUGGUGCACCUGGCCAUCCGCUUCCAGAGGCAGGACAUGCUCGCCAUCCUGCUCACGGAGGUGUCCCAGCAAGCAGCCAAGUGCAUCCCAGCCAUGGUGUGUCCCGAGCUGACGGAGCAGAUCCGGCGAGAGAUAGCGGCCUCUCUCCACCAGCGGAAGGGGGACUUCGCUUGCUACUUCCUCACCGACCUCGUCACGUUCACGUUGCCGGCAGAUAUCGAAGACUUGCCUCCGACAGUCCAGGAAAAGGUGUUUGACGAGGUGCUGGACCGAGAUGUGCAGAAAGAGCUCGAGGAGGAGUCUCCAAUCAUCAACUGGUCCCUGGAGCUGGCCACGCGCCUGGACAGUCGGCUCUACGCCCUCUGGAACCGGACGGCGGGAGACUGCCUGCUGGACUCGGUGCUGCAAGCGACCUGGGGCAUCUACGACAAGGACUCGGUGCUUCGGAAGGCCCUGCACGACAGCCUGCACGACUGCUCCCACUGGUUUUACACACGUUGGAAGGACUGGGAGUCGUGGUACUCGCAGAGCUUUGGCCUGCAUUUCUCCCUGCGGGAAGAGCAGUGGCAGGAAGACUGGGCCUUCAUCCUCUCGCUCGCCAGCCAGCCUGGGGCCAGCCUGGAGCAGACACACAUCUUUGUGCUCGCGCACAUCCUCAGGCGCCCGAUCAUAGUGUAUGGCGUCAAGUACUACAAGAGCUUCCGCGGAGAGACGCUGGGAUACACCCGCUUUCAAGGUGUGUACUUGCCUUUGUUGUGGGAACAGAGUUUUUGCUGGAAAAGUCCGAUUGCUCUGGGCUAUACGAGGGGCCACUUCUCUGCUCUGGUUGCCAUGGAAAACGAUGGCUACGGUACCCGCGGCGCUGGUGCUAACCUGAACACCGACGAUGACGUCACCAUCACCUUCCUGCCUCUGGUGGACAGCGAGAGGAAGUUACUCCACGUGCACUUCCUCUCCGCUCAGGAGCUGGGCAACGAGGAGCAGCAGGAGAGACUGCUCCGCGAGUGGCUGGACUGCUGCGUGACCGAGGGCGGCGUGCUGGUCGCCAUGCAGAAAAGCUCUCGGCGGCGCAGCCACCCCCUGGUCACGCACAUGGUCGAGAAGUGGCUCGACCGCUACCGGCAGAUCCGGCCUUGCACGUCCCUGUCUGACGGAGAGGAAGACGAAGACGACGAAGACGAGUGAGCACCGGGAGCAGGAGACCGAGGUAUCGGCUCUGCGGUGACCCCCAGCGAGCGGGCUGCUCCAGGCAGAGGCCCGGCGUGGGACCGAGCGGCCGCAGGACCUGCCUGGAGGGCUCUGACCCACACCCAGUGGAGGUGGCGCGUCUGCCGAGCGAGGACAGACUUCGCUUGGACGACAGCCUGUAAAAACCAAUUCCAUUCAGACAGAACUCUGCCUUUCCAGUCGUAACCCUGUCUAUAAACGUAGCGCAUGUGGUUGUGUAAGAACUUGUGUGAUAGGAACAGUCGUACCAGCACCUCCAUGUCCCCGAGGAGUUUCAGCAUGGGCACCUCCAGAAGCACAGGCACGUGACUUUGUUCCUUUGAGAUGUUUUUUAAGUAGAACCUGGCAUCCUCUUUCCAUCUUAAAAGAUCCAUUUACAUCGAGCCUCACUCGAGCUCCUUAGAGAUUGCAAACUUUUUGUACAAAUUGUCCACAGCAAAACAUAAAAAUAAAACACUUAUUUUAUUAAUAAUUUAGUUCCUGUUGUGCCCAAUAAAACCCGAUCUUUAAGGAACAAACUACAAGGAAAGUUAAGAAUUUUUAUUGAAUGAACUCCGUGUGGACGCUGUCCCUUGUCUGGGUUCCUCUCGUUUCGUGUGCUGUUCGUCUUGUUCCUGUUGUUGCCGGCCUGCCCCGUUCAGUAUUUGGUGUUCGUUAGUUUGGAAGAGCGCCCUUCAACGAGGUGCUUCCGCCGGAUGCCGGGCAGCAUCCCCGCGAGCGGCUCUUCCUGGACGCAGGCAGAGGCGCGCUCACGCCUGCGCCCACCCACUGGACACAGUGGACGGCGUGUGCUCCAGCCCCCGUGGAGCCUCGGGUCCUGGUGUCUUGUAUCCUCAGCUCUGCUUGAAGCAAAUUGUUGGAAGGCAUGCCUUUGCCUCGCCUACUUGGGAAUAUCAGUUCAGUACAGAAUAAAGAUUUAAAACGCAGUAAGGUGGUCAGUGCAUUGUCUGAAUGAAUUUCGCAGUGAGCAGUCCGAGAGCCAUCCUUAUUGCAAGUGAAGACUCUAACCUUAGGUGAGAAAGACUUCCUGUCGGGAGUAUUUGACGGCGUCAGGUACCCCAGCCCUUCAGAUGGUCAGGAUCUCACCGUCUCAGCACAGACGUCCUGACCAGUAGACGGUUGAUGUGGCAGAGAAUUCAGAAAGCAGCCUCACAGCGUGUGUAUGUGUGCGCUUGCACACACACACACACACACACACACACACACACAGUUUUCCUUCCUUUUGAUGAAAAGUCUGAAAACCUUGGAAUAUUUGCUUGUUUCCAAGUCCUGGUUACAACGGCAUCAGGAUGUGCGCGAGCUCAAACUCCAAAGCCAGGAGCAUGUCUGGGGCUGGCAUGACUGGUGCUUCAGCUCUUUCCCCCUCUGUGCCCAGGACGGAAGGCCCCCUUGCUGCAUGCAGUGGGACUCCACAGAAAGAGGCAAUAUGCUAAUUGACCACGACUCCAACACAAGAUGGCCGCCCCCAUGUGGACACAAAAUGGCCGGCAUGGGAGGGACCAGGUCUGCAGGGAAGGCAGUUGGGGGCCAUUGGGCCUGCAGGG